AUGGUAUCCCCCCCUCCCGCACACCCCGUCGGUCUCGCCAACGGCAAGCCAAGAACGAGCGCAGAGGAUGCGGGGCUUUCGGAGGUCGAGAAGCUCAGGCGGGAUCUCGACGCGGAGCGGGAGGCCAAGAAGAGCCUGGAGGCCCAGUACCAGAACUUGGUGUCCAAGCUCACCACCAUGCGCACCACGCUCGGGAACAAGCUCAAGCAGGAUGCAGAGGAGCUCGAUCGGCGCGAACAGCUCGUGCAGCAGCUCACGGCUCAGAACGAGGACCUCGCCACGGCCGUCGAGACGAUGAAGACCGAGCUGAUCGCCUCGCACGAUGAGGGAGAGCGCACCGCGCGCGAGCUCGACUCGAUACGUAGCAAGGCGCUCGACGAUACCACCCAGGAGAGCAUGCUUCGCGAACGCGAGCUCCACGAGACCGUUGCCGAACUCGAGCGCUGCCGCAUAGAGCGCGACGAGUGGGAGCAGGCGGCGAUGCAGGAGCGCAUGUUCUCGGAGGAGGCAAGGACAAAUCUGGACGCGGCGAGGCGGGAUCUGGAGCUCGAGAGGGAGGCGAGGGAGAGGGAGGGUCAGGAACUGGACGCGGCGAGUUUGACGGCGGCGAACUUGCAGUCUGUGCUGGAGGACUUUCAGGCAGCCAAGGAACAUGAGCUGGACACCGCUGUCCGAGACUUCAAGACGCGGCUUGAUGAUACCACGAUGUCACUCGCAGAGUUCAAGCAACGUGCACUAAACGCCGAGGUUCGUCUAGAAGAAAACACUUCAAACGCAUCACGAACACAAGAGCUAGAGAAAGAUGUAAAAGAGAAAAACCUCCUCAUCGGCAAACUACGGCAUGAAGCCGUCAUCAUCAACGAACACCUCAUGGAAGCCCUCCGCCGUCUGCGGCGCACCUCGACAGACACCAACGUCGACCGGCGCCUCGUCACCAACGUCCUCCUCUCCUUCCUCACCACGCCCCGCGCCGACUCCAAGCGCUUCGAGAUGCUCUCCCUCCUCUCCACCAUCCUGCAGUGGUCCGACGCCGAGCGCGAAAAGGCUGGCUUGCAGCGCUCGGUCUCGGGUGGCGGCGGCGGGGGGCAGGGUGGGCUCGCGCCGCCGGACGCGGGGCGGCCGUCGGGGUUCUGGAGCCGCUCCGCGGCGGCGUCGCCUGCUACGAAAACUGUGGAUCUGGACAAGACGGAUGAGACCGAGUCCUUCUCGCGCCUCUGGGUCGAGUUCCUCCUCACAGAAGCCAACCAAGGCGAAUCGCCCACUGCGAAAUCGAUGCGCCCGAUGGGCUCCGUGCCCAACAGCCCAGCCCAGUCCCCGAGCCGGCUCGCGCUCUCGCCGGGUGGCGGCGGUGGUCACCAGGGCACGCGCCGGCUGGGCUCGCUCGCGAACAGCAGCGCGAUGGCGAGCUCGCCGAAUAUCCCGCUCGGUCUGCCACCACCGCCGUCGAGGAAGGGGAAGGAGAAGGAAGUUGUGCCUCCGGAUUCAUAG